ACUGUCACUUUUUCAUCUACUGUCAAAACAAUUUUUUCCGCAUCCUCUAUUUUCUUGUUUUCAUUUUCGAUUCCAAAUCCAAAAAUGUUAUCCCCAGCCAGCAAUAUUCAAUUUCAAAAUCCUCUCUAUGGCCAACUCAUCAUCGGUCCACCUGGAUCUGGUAAAACAACAUAUUGCCAACAUGUCUAUAAUUUCUACAAAGACCUCGGUCGUAAUGUUUGUGUAGUAAAUCUAGAUCCAGCCAAUGAAAAUAUGAAUUACACACCAACAAUUGAUGUAAUGAAACUAAUUACAGUCGAAGAUGUUAUGAAUAAUCUUAAUCUUGGUCCAAAUGGUUCAUUAAUGUAUUGUAUGGAAUAUCUAGAAGAAAAUUUUGAUUGGUUUCUUUCUGAAUUAAAGAAAUCAAGUUGUAAUUACUUUUUAUUUGAUUGUCCAGGUCAAGUCGAAUUGUACACACAUCACAAAUCAAUGACAAAUAUUUUUAGUAAAUUAGAACGAUUAGGUUAUCAUUUGUGUGUUGUCAAUCUAAUUGAUUCACAUUAUUGUUCGGAACCAGGGAAAUUUGUUUCAACUCUGUUAAUGGCUUUGAAUACAAUGUUGCAAAUGGGUUUGCCUCAUGUCAAUGUUUUAAGCAAAGCCGAUUUGUUUAAGAAGAAUGAAUCCAAGUUGAAUUUUAACUUGGAUUUCUACACAGAUGUGUUGGAUUUGAAAUAUUUGUUGGAAGCUCUUGACACAUCUCCGACAAUGCAGAAAUAUGCUAAACUAAAUGCAGCGAUAGUUGGCAUGGUUGAGGAUUACAGUUUGGUAUCAUUUCAACCGUUGGAUGUUAAAAGUAAUGAGAGUUUAUUGAGGUUGAAGAAUCUAAUAGACAAGGCAAAUGGAUAUGUUUACAAAGCUGGUGAAGAGAAGUCCAUCAACACGCUGAUGGCGUGUGCAGUUGGUGCCGAAUCGGAAAGCUAUAGAAGUUCCCAAGAUAUUGAUCCUUACCUCUAAGAAUUUUACAUUGUUUUCUGUUUAAAUAAUUUAGAAUAAGAAUAAAUAAAUAAAAUAUCUGUUCCAUGA